UACUAUCUCACAGGAGGAUUUCCUGAUACAUUUAGUUUGACAGAUUAUUGUCUAAUCCCUAGACAGAAUUUAUAUUGUAAAAACACACAACGCAACAUUUUUGGCACAGUACCAAAAUGGACGCUCCAGUGACAAUCACCUUCUCAUGGUACGACUACGUAAUUUUUGGUUGCAUGCUCGGAAUAAGUGCCAUAAUUGGGAUUUAUUUUGGGUGCUUUGGAACCAAACAGUCAACUCCAGUUGAGUACUUAAUGGGUGGUAAAAAAAUGGGUGCUGUUCCAAUAGCUGUUUCACUAGUAGCAAGCCACGUUUCUGGACUAACUUUACUCGCUGUACCUGCUGAAGUAUACAAAUUCGGUGCAGCCUAUUGGUUAAUAGCUCUAGCUUUUGUGCUAGUUGUCGUUGUCACCAUAUAUGUGUACCUACCUGUUUUGUUCUACUCAGAAACACCAAGUGUGUAUUCAUACUUGGGUAAACGCUUUGACGAGAAAACUAGAAUGUUGUCUUCGUUUUUCUUCGUUUUGACUUUAGUAAUGUUUCUGCCAAUAGUUAUAUACAUACCGGCAUUGGCUCUCUCCGCAGCCACUGGUAUUAGUGUAAAUUAUAUAUCACCCACGAUUUGUGCUAUCUGCAUUUUCUACACAACCAUUGGGGGUUUAAAAACCGUAGUAUGGACCGACAAUAUCCAGCUAACUUUAGCUGUAUGUGCCAUAAUUGUCGUUCUAAUUCUUGGAGUGGACGCCACUGGUGGGUUUUCGGAAGUCUGGUUAAAAGCAACUAAAGGCCAACGUCUGGAUUUUUUCGAUUUUGACCCUGAUGUCACCAGAAGCAACAAUUUUUGGGCACCAUUUGUCGGACUCACGUUCUUGUGGAUUUCCUGGACCAACACCAACCAAAGCUGCAUCCAAAAACUCUUCUCAGUUUCGACAUUCAAAGAAGCAAAAUUAGCCACCGUACUCUACGGAAUCGGCAUGUCUUUAAUGGCGACUUUUGGCAUACUGAUGGGUCUAAUCAUCUACGCUAAAUAUUCAAACUGCGACCCUUUCUUAACCAACCAGUUGACCAGAAACGACGAAUUAGUACCGUUCUAUGUGCUCGAUGUCGGCGGUCACAUUCCAGGUAUUGCUGGACUCUUCAUCGCGGGAGUGUUUAGUGUAGGUCUUAGCACCUACUCAGCUCAGUUAAAUUGCAUGUCAGCUACCAUCUACGACGACUUCGUUAGCAAAUUUGUGUCAAAGUCGUUGUCAGACGGGAGGAAAAAUACCAUUUUGAAGGUGAUUGUGGUGGUUUGUGGGGUGAUUUCCACCGGGCUGGUGUUUGUGGUUGAACGCUUAGGAGGGAUGUUCGGUCUAGCGCAGGCUUUCAGUGGAAUUCCUGCUGGACCUUUGCUUGGAAUGUUCACUCUGGGUAUACUUUUCAGAAGAGCCAAUUCUCAUGGGGCGUUUUAUGGGGGGAUUGUGGGGUUGGUGGUCAUUAUGUGUCUUAGCUUGCCUGCAAAGUAUCUGGAAAGUCAAAGGAUGAUUGUGUUACCGGAAAAGCCAGUCGGUGUAGAUGGAUGCAAUUUUGACACGAAUGUCACGUUUGUAAAUGUAAACGACGAUGGGGUAUCUUUUGCGAUAUUUAGAAUAUCGUAUUAUUAUACUACUAUGAUUGGAUUUUUAGUUACUUUGGUGUGUGGGUUGGCUGUUAGCUAUGCUACCACCAAGAACGUUGUAGAUGAAAAUCUUCUGAGCCCCGUAAUUAGAAAAGUGCAAAAUAGUUUAUCGAAUUAAUGAAGGUUUUAAACAAACAUUAGUGGAUGAUAUGAUCUUACACUCAACAUAAAUAAAAUUAGUCGUUAGAAUGAGAAGAAGAGGGUGGGCGGGGCUAGUAUUUGAUAGAAUAAGACUGUUUUUGGCGCUUUUGACAUUUUUGAUCAUUUUUUAACUACAUAUUUUCGAAAAUUAGUUAUCUUCUAGAUUUCUAUAUCCAAGAGUCAUUUUCAGCUUCGUUUCGUCGAAAAUUCCUACCGUUCUCCCAAAAUCGAUAAUUGAAAUAUAGCAAUUUUUACAGUUGCGUCAAAAUCGCUCGUUAUAAAAUUUUGGUAGAUAAAAAAGGAAAUUGUUAUUAAUUUUUGGUUCACAAAAUACAAUUAUUUUAAGAACGUAGUUUAAGAAAUGUUUAAAAGUCAUUUAUUUGAGCCAAUAGAGAAGCCAGUAGUCAGGUCAGUUGCAUGAAAUACGAAAUAAAUUUUAUAGCAAAUAGUAUU